CAUUUUCAUCACAGAGUAUUGCACUAAGGAAACAAACAUGAGCGCGAGCAUGCAACACCAACACAGUGUGUUUAAAUAGAAUCCAACGCAUCUCUGCAGGGACUGAUGGAUGCAUGCAGCGGACGAGCCGAUCAAACAUGCCAUCGCAGGAUGGAGGGAACGACAAGAAAACAAAAGGAAGAGUGCAUCCCACUCUUCUCGAAGGAAAGGGUUAACCCCAUUACAACAGACCAAUCAGAGCGGAGAGCAACACUGCAAAACCGCCGCAGUGAGUGAGAGAGGGAGAUGAAGAUAGAGGAGGAGAGAGCGCGAGAGGCGCAACAGAGGGGUACAUAAGCAAGACUUAAACGCAUCACAGUUGGAAGACUGUUUGUAUGCGGUCAAGACUGACAGAUAUGAAUGAAGUCAGUGAAGUGAAGGAAACAAUUAACGGCUGUUCUGUGUCACUCCAUUGACACUGUUGACAAUUCACGCGCACAGAUUGACAUUGUCGCUUCUUUGUGUCUUUAGAGAACGCAGGUUUGCGAUGCACAGAGAUCCGACGAAUGCAAAAGUGUGCGGGACAUGCACUUGUGGAUCUGGGAUGACACUGAUGAAGCUGUCGCUACUUUAUGUUGCGUGACAAAGGAUUGUUGAAGACUAAAGCGGAAGAGAAUUGUUUCUAAAGUGCUGUGUUGUCUACAAACUAAAGCCUUACCCAUUUCUCAGAAGGCCAAAGCAACACCUUCAAUACGCCCCUCUACUUUUGGGUCACGUAUUUACGAGUCGGUUUUCCACUUUUCUGGCCUGCAAGGACGUACCCUAGAGAGGAUUUUCUAAAAAAUGUGAAGCAGAUUUUCUCGUUCAUACCAACAAUGUGGAGUGACUUUAUCAUUUGCCUUUGGAAACGAUGACGACUAAAGGUUACCUUCAGUGAUGGGACAGGAAAUUACAUAUGGACAGUAUGCUCUGCCUCCUCAUACUGUCCUAAACAAUUCAGUGACCUUGGUUUAUUUGGCAGAUGGCACAUGCAAAUCAGGAAAAGCAAAUCAAUAUGGAUUUAUCAACGUCAAGGGCCCAUAAAAGUGUAGUAACGGGAAUACAUCUCCACUAAAGGAAAGGCAUAGCAGUUCUAAAGGAAAAGCAUUGAGUCUGAUCAUGUGGUGAUAGACUGCAAUUCUAUUCGGUUCUAUUGUUAUCAAACCAAGUUGCCAGAUUUCUUUCCAACCCAACUUCUAGCUAUUUUAUAGUUUGAUAUAGCACUGUGUUCAGUCUAUCAGGUCAGCUAGUUUAUACACAGGUGAUGAGGUGGACAGUUUAUCUCUGAAUCAUUCACCAUUUUCCAGGACUCCUAAAAAAAACCAGAGAGAGAGAGAGAGUACAAGAGACAAAGAAUGAAAAUGCUGGCAUUAACUCUGGACAUGGCACUGGACCAAACAUAUCAUUUGAUUUGACAAAAUAAAAGAAGGUGCUGGCAAACUGUCUUUAUGACCAUAAAGCAGAGUGAAUUCUCUGCUGGAUUACGAGGAUUAAGAAAUGCAGAAUACUUCCUUGAAAGGCCAUGCCUGGGGCUGAUGUACAACUUGUACCCCUUCCAGACUCUCCUGUCUUCACUGCUGACUCCUGAGGCUGAGAAAGAAGCUGGAAGGGAAGGGGAUAAUGCACGCCCCUCCCGCAACAGAGGAAGAAAGCACCAUGAGUAACGUAACUGUCCUAGACAUCACAGAGUCCGUGAGUCCUGCCAUGAUGGCAGCCGGCCCCUACCCCUACCCACUCAGCUUCCAGGUUUCCCUGACCGGGUUCCUCAUGCUGGAGAUUGUACUGGGCCUGAGCAGCAACCUGACGGUUCUGGCCCUCUACUGCAUGAAGUCCAACUUGGUGAACUCCGUUAGCAACAUCGUCACCAUGAAUCUCCAUGUGUUGGAUGUGUUGGUGUGUGUAUGCUGCAUACCCCUAACUAUUGUCGUAUUGAUGCUUUCACUACAAGGCGACACAGUCCUUGUUUGUUGCUUCCAUGAGGCUUGCGUGUCCUUCGCCAGCGUGGCUACGGCGGCCAAUGUCCUAGCCAUCACUUUAGACCGAUAUGACAUCUCUGUCAAACCAGCCAAUCGAGUACUGACUAUGGGACGGGCAGUGGCCCUGUUGGGUUGCAUUUGGGUACUAUCUUUCAUCAGCUUCUUGGUGCCAUUUAUUGAGGUGGGUUUCUUGGGACCAGAACCCACUAAAGCCAAUCAGACCGCUGUAGUACACGUUAACGAGUAUUACACUGAACUGGGACUAUACUACCACUUAGUGGCCCAGAUCCCAAUUUUCUGUUUGACUGCUAUCAUUAUGUUGAUGACAUACGCAAAGAUCUUGCAAGCACUCAACAUCCGGAUCGGUACGCGCUUCCACGCUGCGCAGAAAAAGAAGAAAAUGAGACGAAAAAAGGACUUUUCGCUUAUGUCGACGUCUGAGCAGCAGCUACCCGAGAUCACGGAUGGCUCGCAAAGCAGUGUCGGUAACCGAGGGAAUGCACCGCUAGGCAUGCGCACGUCAGUGUCAGUGAUCAUCGCCCUAAGACGGGCCGUGAAACGCCACCGGGAGCGUCGAGAGCGUCAAAAGCGUGUUUUCCGCAUGUCGCUCCUCAUAAUCUCCACGUUCCUCCUGUGCUGGACACCCAUCACUGUUUUAAACACUGUGAUUCUCAGUGCAGGCCCCAGUGACCUCACCGUCAAACUUCGACUGGGCUUCCUAGUCAUGGCCUACGGCACCACGGUCUUCCAUCCCCUCCUCUACGCCUUCACGAGGCAGAAGUUCCAGAAAGUUCUGAAAAGUAAAAUGAAGAAACGCGUCGUGUCUAUUAUCGAGGCAGAUCCGCUGCCGAACAACGCAGUCAUACGAAACUCUUGGAUCGACCCCAAGCGGAACAAGAAAGUGACAUUUGAUGAUCACGAAGCAAGACAAAAAUGUCUGUCGUCGGAAGAUGCGGACUGAAUGUGGCACUAUUUUCCAGGGACUAGUUCUCAUUAAAGAAAUGUUCCGGGUUCAAUACAAGGUAAGCUUA